GUCAACGUCCCAUCGAUCCCCGGCGUAGGGUUACCGGCAUUGGCCGAUGUAACUGCCUUUCUGGAUUUCGACGCUCCGAGUGCAUUGCAAACGAUAGCGAUCAGCUAUGGCGUGCGGGAGUGCUUUCCAUGGAACCCUUUUCUUCCGCUCCGUCCUAAAAUCCCCAUCUUCCUCCUCCAAAUCUUUCUUCUCCUCUGCUUCCGCUUUAACUGUGAGUAGUGGCUUCAGAAGGCCUCUUCGCUCCGGGAGUGGCGGUGUCGGGCACAAGCGGACCUUGGCGCCCUCCGCCUCCGCUUCCUUUUCCGACGACCUCCGCCCGCCCCUUGGGGAGAACCCCGAGGGCGUCAUAUCUGGGGAGUGGCCGGAGAACUUCUCCCUCCUUAGCUACGAUGACCUGCGCGCCUACCUCGAAACCCAGAUCAUCAGUGAUGAGACGAAGCCGUCGGCGAAGCUAGCAACGGUGAUGUCAACGCAGAUCCGGAAGGCGAGGCCGGAGCAGGCUCUGGAAGAGAUCGAACACAAUUUCGAAUUCGUGUCGGGGCUUCCUGUGGUCGACGACGAACUUAGGUGCAUCGGUGUCAUCUCUAAGAAGGACAAAGCCAGAGCACCUAAUGGGCUGAAAUCCAAGGUGGGAGAAGUCAUGUCUUCUCCUGCGAUCACACUCACACCUGACAAUACAGUCCUAGAUGCUGCAGCCUUAAUGCUCAAGAUGAAGGUCCACAGGGUACCUAUUUUAGAUGUGGAAAAGAGAGUUAUAGGAAUGGUGACUCGAACUGACAUAUUCCAAGCAUUGGAGGCACAGAAGGUAAAAGCAUUCUGAACGGACCAUGGCUGAUUACAGGUUUAGCCGACCCGGCCAAGGAGAAGACACUGUACAUUUGCUUGGGAGGCUUGGCUUCUUUGCAGAGAGAUUGCCGGCCGAAAGUUCGUGCUUUGUAGAGCGCAAGAUAGAAACGCAGCAAAUUACAGGUGAUUGAACAAAAAAAAAAGGAAAAAGGAAACGAGAACUGGAACGUGUUCACUGCGAGGGGAACUUCGCCCUGGCGGCAGAGCAGAUGCUGGACCCAGAGAAACUACUGUUAUUGCCGUUGCUCUGACCCUGGUGGCACAACACUGUACUAGUCGAGGUCGACGUCGUGGCAUGCACCGCCGCCGCCGGAGCUGUCGACCCCUUAAGGAGGAAGUCAACCUUGGCGUAUUCCUCCCUCUCGUGUCGGAUCUCCUUAAUCAUAGCCGCCACGUCCUUCAUCGUCGGCCGCUCGUCCGGCGAAACGUUGACGCACAGCAGUGCCACACCGAGCACCUGCAGCAUUUCCUGCACCUCUGGGUCCGGCCGGCCUCUCAGGACUGGGUCGAUCACCUCUACGCUCCCCUUCUUCCUCCGCACCCAGUCCACCACGUGAAGCCCGUCAGGGAUCGUCGGAUCGAUCGGUUGCUUUCCCGUCAGCACCUCCAGCACGACCACGCCAAAGCUGUAGACGUCGCUCUUUUCAGUUAUCUUCAUCAUGUAACCGUACUCUACAAAUGCACAUCCCAGAUCAUGUAAAUUGCAGUGAUACUUGGUAGAGAGACAUUAAAGUUUGAUGUCGA